CGGGCCCGAAUUCUACAUCAAACGCAUUCGAUCAGCUCAACAGCGAACAACGCAACGCAACGUUCGAUAAAAACGACUCAGCGUUUUUACACACAAACAAACAGCUUCGAACGGUUCGAAAAACCAGUUUCUUGCGAAAGCGCAACGUGUGAUAAGUGAAGUUUACCUUGUGAUAACGUCAGCAAACAAACAAAACAAACAACAUGCAUUCGUACGCCGUGAACAACGCCGCCAACCUGGCCGUCUGCAACAGCAACAACAGCAUCAACGAGAACCGCUACAACAGCGAGAAGCUCGCCAAAUCGUCCGCCGUCUACCGGCUGAAGAAGAUCCUGAAGCCGCUGGUGACGCUGCUGAAGAGCAACAAGAGCAACAAGUCGUCGGCAAAGUCGUGCCACCACGCACAGGUUGACCAGCGCCGCUCGAUCAUCAGCUACAUCGACGAGUACGACUGCGACUACGACAACUCCGCCAACGAGCGCCUGGAAGCGGAGCUGGUCGCCGAGCUGGAGCAGUGCCACGCCACCGAUGCCGCCAUCCUGGUGCUCGAGGAGCAGCAGCUCCGCCUGCAGCCCGUCCUGCCCGAGGAGCUCUACGUCCCGGUACACUUUGCCCGCACCGAGGCCGGCACCUUCUUCUGGACGACCAUGCCAGCCCGCGAGGUCGACGAGGAUCUGAUUCAGCCGGCGCACUGCUACAGCGAGGAGAAGCAGUACGCCCAGCAGGCGUACGCCGACCGUUGGGCCCAGGCCUAAGGUGCCCCACAAACCAACCAACCCGCCGCAACCGCCCGUCAGCAAUCGCGCCCCGAAUCGCCAGUGAUACUCCAACGUGGGGCUCCAACCUGCCAGCACGUGGCGGUGCAACAGCGGAACAACAAAACUCACGAUCUCUUCCGAGUGCUUCGCGCACCAUUCCUCGGACCGUCUUGCUUGCAGCCCGUCUAGCAAGAAUGUGUGCACGGGGAGCCGAAACCGAUGAUGAUGAUGGUACAGCUUUAAUAGGUUUAGUUUAGGGUCCGUUAGCUUUUUUUUCGUGAUCUUGUGAUAGUAGGGUUAGAAAAACACGGUCUUCCAGCAUUGUGAUGAUAAUCAAUGUGUCUUCCAAUUUUGUUUGUAAGCAAAAUCUGAUAGAUGAUAUUAACAGAAUACAAAACACGCCUCAAAAAACAAAACU